UUUCAGUGCAAUUAGGGAGGGGUUUUGAAAUCAAAACUAGCGAGAAGCCCCUGGCUGCAGCUUAAACUAGCCGAGAUCGAAUCUAAUUUUCACGUUUUGAAGAUGGCUUUGGAGCUUUACCUGGAUCUUUUCUCACAGCCAGCUCGAUCAGUGUACAUUUUCGCGAAGAUAAACAAUAUAAAGUUUGACUUUAAAAAGAUAACGCUCUUUGCAGGAGAGCAGUAUGGGGAGGAAUAUGGGAAAAUCAACAUGAUGAGGAAAGUCCCUGCCAUGCGCGAUGGAGAAUUUCACUUGGCUGAAAGCAUUGCAAUCAUGAUGUACUUGUCAGAAAAAUUCCAAACUCCAGACCACUGGUAUCCCACCGAUAUACAGAAGCGUGCGCGUGUCAAUGAGUACCUCUCUUGGCAACACACAGCUGUACGGAUGCACGGUACCAGAGUGUUCUGGCUUAGACUCAUGAUUCCCAAAAUGUUAGGGGAGGAGGUACCUAAAGAUAAGAUGGCUGCAGCUUUGGAAGAUCUUGAUGGGUCUCUUCAACUUAUUGAGGAGAAAUUCCUCCAAGACAGGCCUUUCAUAGCUGGAGAUGACAUUUCCCUGGCUGAUCUUGUUGCCAUUGUGGAGAUCAUGCAGCCUGUGGGCUCGGGUCUGGUCGUGUUUGAGAAGAGACCCAAACUGAGUGGCUGGAGGAACCGAGUGCGGGCAGCGAUUGGUCCAGAGCUCUUCGAUGAGGCCCAUCAGAUAAUCCUCAGUGCCCAGGAGAUGGUCAAAAGCAUGGAUGGCAGCACGCUUCAGCCCUUUAAGCCUAAGAUACUCAGACUUUUUUUGUGAAUCAGUGCAGCUGCAACAGAGGAUGGUGUUGUGGCCUAUUCUAUGUAUCCAGCAUUAAUUAUAACGAUGGAACUGUUUAUUCAUGUAGUUUUUGUAUAAACUGGACAGCAUGGAAAUGACAGUAAUUUUGCUUCAGGCUGCCAUAUCUUACUACACAAUGAAGCUGCUUUGUUCACACAUUAUGUUUUUACAUUCCCGUAUGUUACUGCCCAUGUAUUUGUGGCUGUGUCCAAAUGUAAUACACUCCUGAAUUUUGUAACAUUAUAAACACUUCAGAAGCUGAAA